UUACUUUAUCCACUGAAUGGUUUUUGAUUUUAUUUUUUAUUGCGUGACAAUGAACACACCCUAUUGGGGGUCGGUGGUUUUUUCUUCAACGCUGACCAUUCACUAAUUUAAUGAUUGGUUCAUCUAUCAUGUUUGUAGCACGAAGUGUGGACCUGUGAACCUGUGGACCUGUGGGCUGUGAACAGAAUGCCUGUAAUAUAUGUAGUAGUAGGCGUGGAUUUACCUAAAUUAUGUAGUUAAACAGGACUCAUAUAUUUCCAGCGACGUAAAUUAUGUAGUUAAACAGGAUUAAUGCAUUUCCAGGGUGACGACGUAUACUAUGCUCCGGUACAGAAACAACCGCUUUGUUUUUUUUUUUUUGUUGCUGUUGUUGUUUAUUGCACACCUUAAAGAAUUCCGUUUGUCUUCGUAGGUGAAGCAACAAGCAGUCACACUGCUGUGUUCCGAAAUGAAAUUAAACUAGUUCAGACUUUCUGAAUAGAAUCACAUGUAAAUAAUUAACAGGUCAUUUACCCUGUACUGCAGUGUACAUUACGCCUGGCUCUCCCCUGAAGGACUGCUAGAGUUAAAGAGCUCUGUUUUUUCUUAAUAUCGCUUCUAACUACAGGAGAGCUAAGAGGCAUCAGCUUACAAGGGGUUAAAAUGAAGUUGGGAAAUGUACAAUGAGCAGCUGUCUGCUUCUUACAGGAGGGCUUCGUCUACGGGACGUGUUCCGGUUCAAUUUAGUAUCAGCGGCAAUUUUAGCCCCUGCUCUAACGAGCCCCCUACCCCUGCGAGGAAAAGCGGAAGUGGAUAGUGAAAUUUCUCGGAACUCGCUAUUGCAUGCCUACAUCAACAAUUUCUUUUCUCGGAACUCGCUAUUUCAUGCAAACAUCAACAAUUUCUUUUACACGACGGCACAAAAGCUUCAAUCUUCUCACGUACAAUUAAUUGUUUUGUCAAAAAUGGCUUGCGGAAACGCAAAUGAUUAUGAUUACAGACUAGUCGAUGACGAAACUCAUCUCCAAGAUGCUAUCGCUGAGCUCAAACGCAAAAUAGAGAUACGGAACACCCUUUUAGCUGUUGAUUGCGAGGGGGAUUCGUUGAGCAGAAAGGGAGCGCUUACCAUCAUCACAGUAGCAACUGAAGAGAAAGUCUACAUCUUUGAUGUGCUGAAACUAGGACAACUCGUUUUCAGCAGUGGACUUGGUGAUAUCCUUGAAGACAAACAUCGCGUGAAGUUGACGUUUGAUUGCCGACAAGAUUCCGAUGCGCUCUGGCAUCAGUUUAAGGUGAAACUGAGCGGAGUCUUGGAUCUUCAGCUGCUUGAAGUCAUAUAUCGCCGUGAAAACACAGCAAACUCUCCGCAGUUUUCCAAUAAGUACAGACGUGGUGCUCGUCGAAGCCAGAGAACAGAUGAAGUAGAGAAAAUAUAUGGCUUUGGUCGCUGCAUUGAGCUGUACCUCCAGGACGAAAAGUUGACCAAAAUAAAGGACAAAGGGAAACAGUUGUUAAAGAAAGAUGAGAAAGUGUGGAAAAAGAGACCACUGACGGAUGAACUUAUCCAAUACUGCGUUGUGGAUACAAUGGCGAUGUUCAGCUUGUACAACAAGAUGAAGGAUGUCAACGGAGGAGAGGAUGCUCGUCUACGAGUUGCAUCGCAAAGGUAUGUUGAUCUGUAUCGAGGCAAAACAGUGAGGUCUUUCGAUGACUAUGAAAUGAAUGCAUACCUUCCUCUUGACAUCAUUCCUGAUAAAGGAAGUCUGUAUUUUCCGGCCGCAAACACUGCAUGUACGCGCUGUCAACGACGAUUUCCGCGGGACGAAUUCAGUGCAACACAGUUAAGAAACGGAGAAGAGAAAUGCAGGGUGUGUAAGGAGGUAAAGCGCCUGGAGGAUGUACAAAGAAACAGAGAGGAUAAUUGGGAACGCGCUGCCGCCUUCAGAGAGUUCGACUAUUUUGACUACUUUGACUAUGACGACGAACCUUGGGGAUGGGAGGACUCAGAUUCUGACUGGUGGUAAAACCUCAUGCGGUAUAUGACAAUACGGUGAGUCAUUGCAAUGACCUUCAAACACUGAUCGCACAGGACUUUGAUACUUCAAUGUUAUUGUAAAUACCAUUUCGAAGACUACAGUGAGACGAACGUAACAGCGUGUAUCACGUGCUUUUACCAUUUUACUUUGCCAUUAUGAGGUUAUAUCUGUAUGGAGAAAAUGUUUAUAGAUAAGCGCA